AUGGAAGAGUGUUGGCUGGUCUUGGAAUGCAUAAGAGAACAGUGGGAUGUUAUGGGUGCCCGAAGCAUAAGUUGUGACAGAUUUGGUUUUAAAGUAGAGCUUUUAGUCAUUGAUUGUCAGAUCAUUCAGGAAAGAAUCGAGUCAAGGAAGAAUGAGUCGCUAUCUUUAGGCGGCCGGUCAGUCGUCCGUCGUACGUUUGGUACUGUUCCUGAUAGUUCCAUGAUUGUCUAUCAAGCCCUGAAGAUUUACUGGCAUUUGAGAGGGGAUGACGAAGCAGGCAAAGCAAACAGUGCUGGUGGAUUUGACAGUGGAAUGACUGAGUCAAGUGACGAUGAUCCACUAGUUAGAGAAUUUGAAAAGGCAUGUAGUCGAGUUAGAGCGAAAGCAGAAAGUUUGCCAUCAUCUGAUGCUGCUCACUUGUACGGACUAUACAAACGAGCGACUGUCGGAAAGCCAGAUCUAGCCAACCUACCAUCGAGGUUCGACUUGGUGAGACGCACUAAAUUCGACGCCUGGGUUUCAUGCAGUAAUAUGACGAAAAUAGAGGCAAUGGAAAAAUACGUUAUCAAGGCUAGUCAAUUAUUUGGCCCUCCAGGGAAGGAAAGUCCAGUGCGAUCUGCAUCCAACUUUGGAAUACGACCAAGCAUACCGCUGUGGAAGGACAAUGAAGCAACUGAAGAAUCAGAGGAAGGUCGCAUAACACCUAAAACCAAAGAGUGGUUUCUAAUCUUAUAUACCGGUGACUGCGCUCAAAUAGACAUUUUCCUUGACAAAAACCCUAAAUAUAUCAAUGUGAAAAAUGAAAACGAUUUAGAAUCACUCGUAUUAACCACACAGAUGACUGCCCUCCACUAUGUUGCUGACAGAGGGCAAGCAAACGUUAUCCGACAUCUACUUCAGAAAGGAGCCGAUGUAAAUGUGUUGGAUGGCACUGGUCAAACUCCGCUGCAUUACGCAACUGACUGUGGGCACAGAGAAGCCGUACAAGAACUACUCAAGGCUGGAGCUGAUCCCAGCAUAGCGACUAACGAUGGUGAAUGUCCUUUAGACAUAGUUUCUGACUCCCGCAUACGUAAAAUGUUGGAAGAUGCGCUAUCUCCUCCAAACCAAAAGCUAGAUGUUACGGAAAACGAGGGAAGCAAUAAUUUUGGACAGUGA